AUGAGCGAAUCAUAUGACUUGGUCGUUGUCGGCGCAGGAUGGUUUGGCCUUGCCGCUGCCAAAGCCUGCGUCGAGCUGCGUCCUCAGGACAAAAUUGCAGUAUUCGAGUCGGCUGGAACAUGUGGUGGCACGUGGGCUAAGCAUCGUCUGUACCCCGGACUGAAGUCUAACAACAUGAUUGGCACCUACGAGUACCCAGAUUUUCCCAUGCGCGAGGAGGUUUAUGGAGUGAAGCCCAACAACCACAUCCCAGGUGCCGUGCUCAACCGCUACCUGACUGAUUAUGCUCGCCACUUUGGUGUGCACGACAAGAUCCAGUUCAAUUCACAGGUUGACUUGAUUGCAUCGACCCCGUCUGGAGGAUGGAAGCUUGGGAUUACGUCGCCAGAAGGACACAAGGAGAUUGAAACGGCCAAGCUGAUCCUUGCCACCGGUCUUACUUCUACCCCGAACAUGCCGCAGUACAAGGGCGCAGAGAACUUCGAGGCACCUCUCUACCACGCGAAGGAAUUCUGUGACCGGGCCGAUACGAUCAACGGCAUCAAGAACGCGGUCGUUGUGGGUGGAGCAAAGUCUGCUUUCGAUGUGGCAUACGCCUGCGUUGAGUCAGGUUCAACAGUCGACCUCAUUAUCAGACCUGACGGCCACGGACCCGUCUGGAUUGCACCGCCAUUCGUCACACCUCUCAAGAGGCGCCUAGAUCAGCUCCUCUUUGUUCGGUGGAUGACAUGGUUUAGUCCCUGCCCGUGGGGGGCGGAGGACGGCUACACUGGUGCGCGGAACUUCCUCCACGGAACCGCUCUAGGUCGUGCUCUUGUGAAGACUUUCUGGAGUGUCCUUGGCUCUGACGUUGUCAAGGCCAACGACUACGACUCUCACGAGGAACUGAAGAAGCUGAAGCCAUGGCAAUCAGCAUUCUGGAUUGGCAGUGGUCUGAGUAUCCUUAAUUAUAACACUCCCCUUUUUGACAUGGUGAAGGAAGGCAAGAUUCGCGUCCACAUUGAGAACGUCGAUCAUCUGGAGCCGAAGAAGGUUGUCUUGGAGUCUGGAAAGACCCUUGAUGCCGAUGUCAUGAUCUGCUCGACGGGCUGGAAGAAGGAAUCCUCGCUUAAGAUUUCUGGUCUUGACGCCCAUGGGCUCAGCCUGCCCGUGUCAGAGAAGGACCUCGCUCAACUCAACACAGAGGCAGACGAAAAAGUCUUGUCGAUGUUCCCUAUCCUUAAGGAUCAGCCUAAGCUUAAAUUCGAGAGCAAGGCUGGCGAACCCUUGCGGUUCUACCGAUUCGCAGUUCCUCCUACUAUGGUCGAGAAGCGGAACCUUGCCUUUGCUGGAAUGAUCUCUACUGUCGGUACCGCGGUCUGUGCCUCGAUCCAAGGCAUGUGGAUCUCCAUGUUCCUUGACGGCCAGCUGGAUCGUGUAGCCAAGACCAAUGAAGAGAUCACACAAGAAGUCAUGUUGCACACACAAUGGGGCAAAUGGAGAUACCCCUGUGGAUAUGGUGCUAGUCUGCCCGAUUUCGUCUUUGACUCGCUCCCCUACGUUGAUCUGUUGUUGAAGGAUAUGGGGAUCAACAGCCACCGUAAGGGUGGAGCGUGGGCUGAGCUGACGACGCCUUAUACACCCGGCGAUUUCAAGGGACUUCUGGCUGAGUGGAAAUCAACACACCCGGAUGCCAAGAUUUAG